AUGUCUGUGAAGGGAGUAACGCCAAUUGAAAAUACAUUGGAGAUAAAUUGGCAAGGUGAUCAAAAAUCCAUAUAUCAUAAUAUCUGGUUAAGAGAUAAUUGUCAUUGUUCUGAAUGUUACUAUCCAAUUACCAAGCAAAGACUUUUAAAUUCUGCAACCAUCGAUAUAAAUAUAAAACCUAAAUCGGUAAAUGUGAAGGAGGGAAAAGUUGAAAUUGUAUGGGAUACCGAUCAUUCUUCAACAUAUGACGUGGAUUGGCUUAGAAUACAUUCAUACAAUCCGAGAUUAAUACCAUUGGAUAAGAAAUUAAAAGAUGAUGAUGAUGUAUUGAAACAAAAAUUAUGGCAAGUUAAAGAUAUAAAAGACGACUUACCACAGGUUGAUUAUAACAAAAUAAUGCAAUCGUCGGAUGAAACAGAUAAUGAAGAAGCAAUCAAAGAAUGGCUUUUACAAAUUCAUAAAUUUGGUUUCAGUCUUAUAAAUAAUGUACCAAUAAGUCCCACAGAUACAGAAAAGUUAUGUGAAAAAUUAAAUUAUAUUAGACCAACUCAUUAUGGAGGAUUUUGGGAUUUUACAGCAGAUUUGUCUAAAAAUGAUACAGCUUAUACAAAUUUUGAUAUAAGUAAUCAUACUGAUGGAACUUAUUGGUCAAAUUCUCCUGGUUUACAAUUAUUUCAUUUAUUAUAUCAUGAUGGAAAAGGUGGUACAACUUCAUUAGUUGAUUCUUUUAAAUGUGCUGAAAUUUUAAAAGCAAAAUAUCCUGAAAGUUAUGAAAUUUUUUGUAAAAUACCCGUACCUGCUCAUUCAGCAGGUGAACCAAAAGUUUGUAUUCAACCUGAUAUACCACAACCAAUUUUUAAAUUAGAUCAUCAGGGAAAAUUAAUUCAAGUACGAUGGAAUCAAAGUGAUCGUUCAACAAUGGAUUAUUGGGAAAAUCCUGAAGAUGUUAUAAAGUUUUAUAAAGCUAUUAAAAAUUGGGUUGAAAUAAUAACAUCACCAGAGAAUGAAUUAUGGUAUCAAAUGAAACCAGGUCAAUGUUUAAUAUUUGAUAAUUGGAGAAUUUUCCAUUCAAGAAGUGAAUUUACUGGCCAAAGAAGAUUAUGUGGUGCAUAUUUUGAAAGAGAUGAUUUUAUAUCAAGAUUAAAAUUGUUAACUUUAGGAAGAGAAGCUGUAUUAGAUAGUAUAUAG